CAAUGCUAGUCUCAGUCCCUGCCCCGGUUCACUGAUCCACAGUUGUUACUCAACAGACCUUGCCGACUCUCCUCGACGAGAGUAGCUCGUGAUUGUCAACUUCGAAUGUGGGACCUCCUCUAAUUGCAUGAAGCUUUUGCCCCAACGGUCUCUAUCCACUGCACUAUAUUCUUGAUAUAAUAAAUUUAUUGUCUCCUCAGCGAAGUCGUCUCCAAUGAGCAAAUUACCUCAUAUUAGUGGGCCUCACGUAAUUCCUCAGACGGGGUUGACAGUGGUGGUGGACCCGAAGGAGCCCUUUCUGGACAUCAUCUUUGUACACGGGUUUACUGGGCAUCCUCAAGAGACGUGGACUCAGAAAAAGGCUAGUCCAGAAUCGUCCGGGUCGAACCAAUUUGCCAAAUAUCAAUCCGACACCUGCGAGCAAGCAGCCAACGCCUCCCAGAAGUCCGAGUGUGUAUUUUGGCCUCGAGAUUUGCUGCAACACGCCGUGCCCAACAGCCGCGUUUUUACCUACGGAUACGACAGCCACAUCAAACAUCGUUUGACAGGACAUUUGAAUAAGAGCACGGUUUAUGAUAUAGCGGGAGAUUUCUUGGUCUCGCUGGAAGCUAAUCGCCUACAAGAUCCGUCUAGGCAUCUGUUGUUCAUCGCGCAUAGUCUCGGAGGCAUUGUCGUCAAGGAAACCCUCCGCAGAUCGAAUCAGGCUCCACAAAUAGGUUUUCGCAAAGUUUGCGAGUCAACUGUCGGGAUAGUUUUCUUUGGGACACCUCAUAGCGGUGCUGAUCCCCGGAAUAUUCUUCAUAGCGUCACGGAGAAGUUCUUUAAGGCCGUUGGUAUUCAGGUGAAUGAGCAAAUUGUGAACACGCUUUUACCUUCCUCUGAACGCCUGCGAGAGCUACGAGACGAGUUCAUUCCAAUGGCUCUUGAACGUGAAUGGACCAUUCAUUCUUUUCAAGAGCAGUAUGGACUUCGAUUGCUGGGCGGAAACAAGGUGGUCGAAGAUACGUCAUCAUAUCUAAACGCCCCGACCAUUGAAGUAGCUGAGCACAUUGGACGCGACCACAGGGAGAUGUGUCGCUUUUCUGGACUUGAGGAUAUCGAGUACAAGAAGGUUGAGGCAGCGAUCCAGAGAAUUGUUUCUAAAGUUCCAAGAUCCCACGAAAAGGAAAAGCCCACAGAGCGCCCUACAACUAACAAUGCUUUCGAGAUAAGAAAGGAGCAGAGAAGACGUUUCCUAUGGAAUUCCUUAAGGUUCGACCAAAUCAACGAUUGGAGAGCAGACAUCCAACGAACUCAUGCAAAAACGUGUGAAUGGUUUCUUCGGAGCUAUUGCUAUCUUGAUUGGAUCGACUCCAGUAAGGUCAACGAACAUACUGGUCUACUUUGGAUUAAAGGAAAGCCUGGGGCCGGAAAAUCGACACUUAUGAAGUUCGCCCUUUCCCAAGCCGAGAAAGUAAUGGGCGAGGAGGUUGUUCUCUCUUUCUUCUUUCAUGCACGUGGUAUAGACCUACAGAAGUCAACAGUUGGCUUGUAUCGUUCUUUGCUCUGGCAAAUCCUAGCGAGAUUACCAAGUCUUAUAUAUUGUUUCGACUCCGCAGGAUUGGUCAAGGAUGAUAUCAAAUACGAUACCAAAGAUGAUAUAAGGCGUGAUAUUGAGCAUUUCGAUUGGAACAAGCCUCAAUGGAACCUCGAAAUGCUGAAGGAUCUGUUUGAAAAGGCUGUCCUACAGUGGAGUGUGAUGCGCGUGCGCACCAAUCCAGUUCCUCUGGUUUGUUUUAUUGACGCUCUGGAUGAAUGCGAGGAGAGCCAAAUUAGAGAUAUGGUUGCGUUUUUUGAACAUCUUUGCGAAAGAGCUGUCACCUCUAAUAUUCGGUUCCGCGUUUGUUUUUCUAGCCGACAUUAUCCAAACAUAAAGAUGAAUCGUGGAUUGGACCUGGUCCUAGAAGGUCAGCCAGGUCACAGUCAGGAUAUCACCAACUACGUCAACAGCAAGUUGGAGAUUGGCCACAGCGGGUUAGUGGAACAGAUUCGACAAGAGCUCCACUAUAAGGCAUCGGGUGUGUUCAUGUGGGUCGUUCUCGUUGUUGAGAUGCUGAACAAGGAGUACGACGCUGGACGCAUUCAUUCACUUCGAAAGAGACUGAGGACGAUUCCCGGAGAUCUCCACGAGCUCUUUCGCGAUAUAUUGACAAGAGAUGAACUCCACCGCAACGAAUUACGCUUAUCCAUCCAGUGGGUUCUAUUUUCGAGGCGUCCUUUAAGUCCACAUGAGUUAUAUUACGCCAUUCUCUCGGGUCUCGGAGCUAACGUAAUCGAAGACCUUGCAGCGGAGGAGAUAGAGAUUACCGUGGGAGAUAUGAAGAGGUUCAUCUUAGAUUGCUCGAAAGGUCUUGUGGAGGUUGUAUCAUCGGAAUGCCAAACAGUACAGUUUAUCCAUGAAUCAGUAAGAGACUUUCUUCUCAGAGGAAAGGGACUCGCGGAGCUUUGGGCUGAGCAGGAAUCUGACUUCCAAGGAUACAGCCAUGACCUUCUGAAGCGAUGUUGUGUUACUUAUCUCGCCACGGUUGAUCCCUCGGUCUUGCGACUACCACUAGAAAUUCCAGAAUCGGUCGUCACCUCCAGAAAAAGACGAUCUC